UUAAGCAUAUAAACAACAUCAAAUAUAAGCAAAUACACUGAAAACUAACAGGUACGUACGUUCAAAACGAAUAAAUUAACAAUGUUUUGUUGUCGAGCUAGGUGUGAAGCCGAGCCUAUCACUAACAGAAGAGAAGAGUAACGCUAUAAAAGGCGAAUAGGAAGGAAGAUGGAUGAAAAGAAAGUAGGUGUCCUUGUGUUUGAAUUUGAGGGUGAAUAUGGCGGAGGAGCUGAAGCUGGACAACCUUAAAGCAGUGAAAGUGUUAGGCAAAGGAGGCAUGGGCACCGUGUUCCUGGUCCAACUAGAAAACAACAACUCCCACGUGGCACUGAAAGUCGUAGACAAAUCAUCCUCCCACCACGACGCUCCUCGACGCGCCCGCUGGGAAAUGAACGUCCUCUCUCGCUUAUCCCAUUCGCACCCCUUCCUCCCUUCCUUAUUGGGCUCAUUCCACUCCCAAAACUUAAUGGGCUGGGCCGUCCCUUACUGCCCCGGCGGCGACCUCAACGCCCUCCGCUACCGCCAAACUGAUCACGUCUUCUCCCCCGCCGUCAUCCGCUUCUAUGUCGCCGAGAUCCUCUGCGCUCUCCAACACCUCCAUUCCAUGAACAUCGCCUACCGCGACCUCAAACCCGAAAACGUCCUCAUCCAGCAAUCCGGACACGUCACCCUCACCGACUUCGACCUCUCCCGUACCCUCUCUCCCUCCGUUAAUAUUCCCUCCAACACCACUACUCCUCCUCCUUCCCGCAAACACCGCCGCUGGGUCCCACUCCCACUCCCACUCCACGCUAAAAACAAAAACCCCAAGCCCGCCCGAGUCAGCCCGGUCAACCGACGCAAACUCAGUUUCGUGCGAUCCAACUCCUUCGUCGGCACCGAGGAGUACAUCGCGCCGGAGGUCCUCCGCGCCGAGGGGCACGACUUCUCCGUCGACUGGUGGGCCCUCGGAGUUCUGACCUACGAGAUGCUCUACGGAACGACGCCGUUCAAGGGGACGAAUCGCAAGGAGACGUUUCGAAACGUGUUGUUCAAGCCGCCGGAGUUUGUGGGGAAGAAAACGGCGUUGACGGACCUCAUCAUGGGCUUGCUCGAAAAGGACCCCACCAAGCGUUUGGGUUACGUUCGAGGCGCUAGUGAGAUCAAGGAGCAUCAGUUCUUUAGAGGGGUUAAGUGGGACCUACUAACGGAGGUUCUGCGCCCGCCGUUUAUUCCGUCGAGAGACGACGUCGACGCAACAACGACCAAGUCUUUCGCUGCGGGACUUGACAUAAAGGGAUACUUUCAGAGCUUAAAAUCACCGCCGUCUCUGCCCCCUUCGCCGUUACGCUCACCGUCCUUUGAGUUUCAGAAUAAUGUUUCUUUACCGGAAUUCUGACUCACGUGUGGGGGAUUGUAUAUAGCCUUGCACGUACGGUUGCACCAGUUAGUUAUUCUUUUUAACUCUUCAAAUUUCUGUCUAUAUGGGGAAUAACGGUAUCACGUGAAUGAACGGCGUUAGUGAGAAAAACUACAGAUAGAAUUGUAUAGUACGUUUGUCUAUACGUGAAAUCUUUUUUAUGUGUUUCACAUGCAUACACCCACUCCAGUUUACAUAUAUAUGUCAAUACUGAUUAUGUUUUCAAGAAGUAUAUAAGAGUAAAAUAUAAAGUUUUUCCA